GACGGGAUCUUGCAAGUCACGGAUCGUCAGGAAACGAGAAGGACAACAACAACAACAACAAUAACAACAACACCACCCGGCGACCAACAACACCAUCGACGCCAAGGUCGCACCCAAAUCGAACUGUAUAUUUCCCGACACACUCGACGUGCGGUGAUACACCAAACCAAAUAGUAUUGCCGGCUCGGAAACCAACGACCAAGUACGAGUAGUGGCUACGGUAUUUCUUAAUUAUUAGCGGAGAGACGCGAAACCGAUUUCGACUUUUUCUCUCCGCCAAACCAACACAAACCCGCCAACAGCAAAGCCCCCCGGGAAACAUUAAUCAUGAUGUUUUCGUCGUUGGGGUGUUUCGCCCUUCUCUCCUCAUUCUCGGUAGUGGCUGCCGCAGAACAAAUGCUCACAUCCAGCUCGUUGAACACUUGUCAGGAUGAUUCGAGUUUCACAGCCAGUCUUUUCAACGUUGUCUUCACACCAAACAACAACACGGCCUCUGUGGAUAUUGUCGCCACCUCCUCGGUGGAAGGCAAGGUCAUUUUCGACGUCGCUAUUUCGGCCUAUGGAUACCAGAUUAUUCGACAGACGGUCGAUCCUUGCGAGGCUGGCUUGGCUGGAUUGUGUCCCAUGACAGCCGGAAAGAUCCCUCUCAACUUCAACCUUCCCGUGGGCUCCGAAGCCGCUUCACAGAUUCCCAGUAUCGCCUACACCUUCCCGGAUUUGGAUGCCACCGUUCGUGUCUACUUGAACUUGACGGAAACCGGAAAGAGCGUCGCUUGCGUCGAGGCUGAUAUCUCCAACGGAAAGACGGUUGACUUGAUCGGGGUCAAAUGGGCCCUUGCCAUCAUAGCUGGUCUUGCUCUCGUCUCUUCUGCUAUCAUCAACGGUCUGGGUCAUUCCAACGCUGCUGCCCACGUCGCUUCCGGUGCUUUAUCGCUGUUUGGUUACUUCCAGGCCCAGGCCAUCAUCGGUCUGACCGCCGUGCACAUGCCUCCUGUCGUUCGUUCAUGGACCCAGGAUUUCCAGUGGUCCAUGGGUAUUAUCAAGGUUUCCUUCAUGCAGGACAUCUUCACCUGGUACCAGCGAGCAACCGGCGGUACUGCCGCUACUCUGUUCGAUUCUUUGACUACUGUAUCCGUCCAGGUUGAGAAGCGUGGAAUCCCCGUGCAGGCUGGUGUGGACCUCAUGCGACGAGGAGCUGCGUACGUGCCCAAGGUGGCCCACACCCUCCUCAAGCGAGCCAACAUCCAAACCGGGUCCGGAAGUUACAUAGUUUAUGGCAUUCAGCGCGUGGCUUUCAAGGCUGGAAUCGAGACGACAAACCUGUUCAUGACCGGCCUCACCUUCUUCUGCCUGUUCGUUGUCUUCACCAUUCUUGGAGUUGUUGCUUUCAAGGGUUGGUGUGAGUUGGCUGCGAAGCAGAAGUGGAUCAAGUCUGACACCUUCCUCGAGUUCCGCAACGGAUGGCUCACUGUGCUCAAGGGCAUCCUGUUCCGAUUGACUCUGAUUGGUUACCCACAAAUGACUAUCCUAUGCUUGUGGGAAUUCACCCAGGUUGACUCGCCUGCCGAGGUGGUUCUGGCCGUUUUCUUCUUCUUCGGCAUGACGGCAACUUUGGCAUGGGCUGCUUCCAAGGUCAUUCGUAUCGCUCGCCGGUCCGUUACCAUGCACCGCAACCCUGCCUAUAUCCUGUUCUCGGAUCCGCAAGCCCUGAACAAGUGGGGUUUCCUCUACAUCCAGUUCCGUGCUUCGGCUUACUACUUUAUUCUUCCUGUGCUUGCGUACACCCUCGUCAAGGGUAUGUUUAUCGCGUUUGGGCAGGGAAGCGGUACUGCUCAAGCUGUCGGCCUUCUCAUUAUCGAAGCCGGCUGGCUUGUCGCCUCCAGUGUUAUGAGACCCUGGAUGGACAAGAGUACCAACACAUUCAACAUCGCCAUUGCGGCCAUCAACUUCAUCAACUCCAUUUUCCUUCUCAUUUUCUCUGAUGUAUUCAGCCAGCCCGCGCUCGUCAACGGUGUCAUUGGCCUCAUUCUCUUCUUCCUUAACGCAAUCUUUGCUCUGGUCCUUCUUCUCAUGGUCAUUGUCACGACCAUAAUCGUUUUCUGGCGCAAAAACCCCGACACUAGAUACCAAUUCAUGGCUGACGACCGAGCUUCGUUCAUGAAGUCCCAGAGCCAACUCACUGGUACCACGGAGCUGGAUGCUCUUGCUGCUACCGCUCGUGGAGACAAGGCUGGCUACAAGCCUGGUUUGGAUCUCGACGACGAUAACGAGUCCAUAUCAUCCGAUUCGAUGCGUCGCCGAACGGACACAUCGAUGAUGAAUGUACCACACAACGGCCACGGUUCAGUGCGCAGCAGCCAUGCCAACCCGCCGCGGUCACCAAUCGACCCAUCCGUACCAUUGUUCCCAGCGUCAGGCAACUACAACAACGCCCGACCUGCCAGCCCAAGCCCCUACGGAAACAACCCAGCAGCAUUCAGGGCACAGCAUAAUGCCAGUCCAUGGCAACGGGGCGCAGGCUAUGACCAUUAGGGUAGGGAUUUGGCCGUCCACGAAAGGCAAUACUUCUAGAGGACAUUUUGUCCAAUCCUUUUUCUCACAUAUAUGAACUCAGUCAUGACAAACGGGGGUCGGAGUUACUUGCUUU